GCUAUAUUUGGGAGCUUUGCAUAGGCAUGUUUUAGCCCAUGUGUUAUGACAGUGCAUGUGGUGGUAGGCGCCUGCUGCCGCGGGGACUUGCACCGAACAGCAGCAGCACCACAGCUCCCACAGCCACACACCGACCAGACGCCCCGUCGUGUUGAGCUGAUAAAGCAGCGCCUUGCCUCGUUGUCCCGGGCUACGGCUGCACGGACUGACAGCACAAUGGCAGAGGAUUUCGGGGGUGCCCCUGUCUCCGCAGCAGCAAGAACAACAUGGGUCCGCGUCUAAUCUCGCUAUGCCGUUUUCGGUCCUCUUCGUCGGGAUGAGCAGAGCAGAGUGCCGUUAUCGGCUGCUCGGGCUUGAUGAAGCGGCGUGGGAGCGCAGGGCUUGAGGUCCAGCUGAAGACAUUUCAGGUUAGCCUGCCCUGCCUGCGAGCUGUGGCGUGGAGCACCAAGGUGGACAGCAUUCAAAGGCUGAUCACUGACCAGGAUGGAAAUUGAUGCCCGCUUCCGCUACUACUUCCAGCACCCGUGGUCUCGCAUGCUCGUGGCCUACCUGGUCACCUUCUUCAACUUCCUGAUCUUCGCAGAGGACCCGGUCUCGCACAGCCAGACGGAGGCCCACAUGAUCGUGGUGGGCAACUGCUUCUCCUUCAUCGGGAACAAGUACCCCGGCGGAGGCUGGAACGCCGUCAAGGUCAUCAUGUGGCUCCUGGCCAUUGUCACCGGCCUGUUUGUCGGGAAGUUCUUCUUCCACCGGAGGCUGUUUGGUCGAUACUUGCGCCUGAAGAUGUUCCGUGAGGACCACGGCUCCUGGAUGACCAUGUUCUUCAGCACCAUCCUCUUCCUCUUUAUCUUCUCCCACAUGUACAACCUCCUCCUGCUCAUGACCGGCGGCAUGGGUCCACAUAUGGUGACGGAGUACAUGGGCAUCAGGAACGAGAGCUUCAUGAAGAUGGCAGCCGUCGGCACGUGGAUGGGAGAUUUCGUCACUGCCUGGAUGGUGACAGACAUGAUGCUUCAAGACGAGCUGUAUCCUGACUGGGGUAAAGCUGCUAGAAGAUUCUGGAAGAAAGGGAACAACAGGAUAGUCCUCUUCUGGACUGUCCUGAUUUCCCUGACUUCAGUAGUGGUGCUGGUGAUCAGUACAGAUUGGAUCAGCUGGGACAAUCUGAACCGAGGCUUCCUGCCCAGUGACGAGGUGUCGCGCGCCUUCCUCGCCUCCUUCAUCCUGGUCUUUGACCUGCUCAUUGUCAUGCAGGACUGGGAGUUUCCACACUUUAUGGGCGACCUGGACAUGAACCUCCCUGGGAUGCCCACCACCCACGUGAGAUUUAAGGUUCCUGUUUGCAAAAGGAUCUUUAAGGACGAGUAUCACAUCCACAUAACUGGCAAAUGGUUCAACUACGGCAUCAUCUUCCUGGUCCUCAUCCUGGACCUGAACAUGUGGAAGAACCAGAUCUUCUACAAGCCCUAUGAGUACGGCCAGUACGUGGGGCCCGGCGAGAAGAUCUUCACGGUGGAGGAGCCCGAGACGCUGGUGGAGUUCAACCGCAGCACACUGACCUACGAGUGGCGCUCCACCAACGUGGACCCGCGCUCCAACCUCACCUACGUGCAGCGCGACAUGUUCCUGCACAGCCGCUACGUGGGGGCCAGCCUGGACGUCAAGUGCCUGGCCUUCGUGCCCAGCCUGGCCGCCUUCGUCCUCUUCGGCUUCUUCAUCUGGCUGCUGGGCCGCUUCCAGAAGAGCGAGACCUUCCCCGAGAGCCAGGACAAGGCGUACGAGCGCAUCAAGAGGAAGUCGCCGUCCGACCUGGGCGUGACCCCCGAGGAAGUGCACAUGUCCAUGAGCACCGAGACGCUGAAGCGCAGCGGCACGCCCAUGCUGCUCUCCGUCGACGCGCGCCACUCGUCGGUCCACCUGGGCUUCAUCAACAACUCCAUAUCGCCCACCUCCACCGACGCCGGGGAGACGCACCCCAGUAUAGUUGUAGACCCCGCGCCGCCUAUAGAGGAGCCUCCUCCCAAUGACACCAAUAACACCCCCACCACCACCACCACAGUCAACCCUGAUGUCAGCAAACACUCACCUUGACGUGACUCCACUACCACGGAGCUGCUUGUCUAGAAAUGCUUUUUCAAAAGCGCCUGAGUGGCACCUGUCAGCAGAGUCUACAGUUUCCUUCGGGGCUGUGCCUUCCUGAGCUAGAAAGAUAGCCGCUUUCCUCCCUCCCUUCCUCCCUUCCUUCCUGCCUGCCUUGGCACUGCCUGCUCUGCUCACCAGGGCGGUCACUGGAGAGAGAGUAUCCCCUACUGAGUUACCUCCACAAAUGGAUGCGAGACCUGAGUUGUGUCUCUGGAGGCAGAGAGGGUUGUUUCUUUUCUUUCCCCUUCCUCAGCUGAAGGCGUCUUCAGGCAGUCGCAAAAGCCUGACUGUUUGUGUUAUUUUUAUUUUCUCUACUUUUCGGAAAGAAACAGAAACUUUUGUUUUUGUACACCUUUGAAAAAAAGCUCAUUGUACCCAGCACCAAGGGUGGAAACAAAACAAAAAAAACAUGGUCUCGUUCUUUCUCUCUCGCUCUCUGGCGCUCUGAAGAAACUGUCUCAAAGGUGCUUUACAUUUACAUUUUGUAACUCACUAUAUCUUUUUUACAAAAAUAUUUUGGUGCCUACAAGGAAAAUUAAUAUUUAUACUGGAAGCGCAUGGCAAAAAAAGUGGUCGUGGAUAUUUUAUUGUACUAUUGUGAACUAUUUCAGAAAAAAAGGUGUGCCUUGAAUUACAACUGUGUGUUGUGUUGUCCGGUGUUAGAUGGAGGUUUCUCACAAUCUGUCUGUUACGAUUGCUCGUUUUAUUGAUCUGUCGAUGUACUGUUCCUUGGGGGGUUGUUUGACGUUUGCCGCUCACCUGCAUGAGUUGCCGUCAGCAAUUGCUGAUGUGAUUGCAUUUGGGCAUACUGAUGUUUCAUGGGUAUGUUGUGGGCAUCCCAUGUUAUUUGUGCUCUGAGACUGUUGUGGCAUUGGUGUAUGUAUGCAUUAAAGCAAAUACAGUUUGUACGUACACUGUGCAUGCAAGGUUGGGGAGGAAACAAGGUUACCUGGGGAACCUACAGAGACGCAGAUAAUAUUAAUUAAUCAAGUGCAGCAUUUUCUACAACUGAAGCAUGCAAGGUUGGCUUUUACACAGAUAUUAUGCACAUGCUUCCUGGAUGAUAAAACACAUGAAGCCAGUGUAAUCAUUUACUCACCAGUGUUACAGUACAGGCACCGUACCGUGUGGCAGUAUAGGAUGCUGCAAUUCCCGGCAUCAGGUCACCACCAUCUCCAAACUUCAUUAGUCUUAAUUACCUGGAGAUCAUUCUUGAGGUUCAGUGGCCCGGUGUUGGCUAAUGAGGGAAAUGCGACUCAUAUCUAGCGCUUACACUGCAGGCUCAUUGCGUUUAUGCAUUAACGGCCUGGAAAAGUGGAGCCAUCCAAAGAUUAAUGUGCGUUGUAUGCCUCUUCCACCUCUCUCUCCCCUUGAACUAUAUAUUUCACAUUAAUGUGUUAAGACAUGCACUAAUUUCAAGUCGGAGUAAGAACACCAUGCGAAUAGUUCUUUUGAGCAGUCUGACUCAUCUGUAUCGGACGUAUUUAUCGAUGCCCAUCUUUCUUACAAUAUGUCUUGUUUUCUUGUUAAGUAUGUCAAAGGCACCCCCAACCCACAAUUACAUUUGAAGGAUCACACUGUCUGAUCUAAUUUAGUAUAAUUUGCAGUUUGUUACGAGAGCUUUGAAAAUCUUCAGUGUCACUAACACACUGGCCCUAAGGUUUCUGUUUUCAUUACUGAGUCACGUCUAUUUAUCUUCUUAAAACCUGCAUUACUUAACUGAUGUCCUGCAUGUAGUAGGUGGUCAUGGACCUCGUCAUUAUGCAGGUGUUAUUUAUUUGAUGAAGAUGAGAUCUACUAUGUGUGUGUGUGUGCGUGAGCAUCCAUGUGUAUAUGUCCAGACAAUGGGCGCAAUAUAUGGUCAACACUAUUAAUCAUGCAUAAUGAAAUUGAUUGGCUUUGCAUAAACGUGUAUCCCUGACAUAAAGAAUGACUAUGUGAAUUCUGUUAAAACAGAAAGAAAAACCUAUUGUUCCCAAAAACAGUUAAACUACUUAUUAAAAUGACUCAUGUAUUUUUUUCAUCUGCAUGAUGUCUCUGGCCUUUCUAGUGUUUCAACACUUCUCUCUUGACUGUGUUGCCAGGAAGCAGGAAAGAAUGUUAGCAUAGUGGAGUGGUUUGGCUUUGGGAAAAGUCACCCACAUGGUGAUUCUAAAACGUUAAAGGAGGCCCUUGCUCCAGUCUGCAGUAUACUACAUCAUAUAACAUUAACCUCAAUGUUUCAUCAACAUUGUUUCUCAGCUAUUUAAUUUGUUUACUGUCUUUAAUAUUCCAUUGCCGUUUCAGAACUAAUGUGUAUGUUUGUCUAUGUGUUUGCAAUAUUUUGAGCAUUUGCCUACAUACAGCAAGUUAAUAUAUACAUAUGUUUGAACUAGCCUUUUCAGUCCACGGUGUCCCUUUUCUAAGGCUGGUCAGUGUUUGUUGUAAAUUGUUUUAACAUUUAGCUUCUUACAAGAAACGAUUUUUUAAAAAUCUAUCAGUUUCUACAGAAUGCUCUUAGUGGUUCAAGUAUCUAAUGUCUCUUUUCCACUGCUGGUUUUCCAGUUGGCCUACAGCACGACAAAGCGCAACUCGGCCGACACUUUUUGCUUUUUGAAUAGGCACGUCACAGCUCAAUUGUAAAGCAAAAAGUGGCGAGUUGUAGGCCUACCAGAAAACCAGCAGUGGAAAAGAGGCAUAAGGGGACUAUGUGACUAUUUUUACCAAGACGUUUUGCCUGCUGACACCCUGUACUAAGCACAAUGUCACUGCACUGCUUUCCAUACAUGUUGGAAAACCCUGCAUGCCAGGGUUCGACAGGAUACGAGGUCCCUUUUUUCAGUUAGUGUUCAUCAUUAGAUAGUGCAACAGGUCAUUACACCAGUUUUUACUAAUUUUCUGCGAGUGUGAUCAGACAUAUCAGUGUGUGCUGAGCUUAUUAGAGACAGAAAAAUCAUCAAGACAGAUUAUUGUAAAAACACUGACUAGCUGAUGGUUCCGGAAACUGAAGUUGUGUUUGUAAUAGUUUUGUAUGCCAUUUCGCUUAAUUGGUCAACUUCUAAAUGUUAAUUUAUUUGGAUUUGUGAACUGUCAUACUGUUACAUAUCCUGUAUUUGAAGUAUCACUGCUGGCUUUCUCUUGACAGUUGGCAAUUAAGGGUGUUUAUCCCAACUGUUUAUGAGUGUCUUUUGUUAAGUCACUUACCGUAUUAGUUAAUAAUUGUGAGUUUAUGCAAUUGCCAAAUGACCUGUGCAUGAGCUUUUCGAUUCUGUUGCACUUGGUUUGUGAACACCAUAACUGUAUUUUGUGGGUUUUUUAUUUAUAAAAUGUUCAUUGUCACUUCGAAGCCAUUAUCACUAUGCAUAAUGUUACAUAAAACACAGAGUAUUUGAUUGUUUUGCCGUGUGUUUAUGUAAUGUGUGCAACAGUGCUGCAAUUCUAAAUGAAUGUGAUAGCUAUUUCAGCUGAAUUCAUGUUUUUGUACAUAGAACAGAAAGGCCUGCUGUGACUAAUCCUGAAAGGACUAUUCCUGCCAUUUUACACAUGCAGUUGUAUUGCUCACACUACUCCACUUGCCAGUACCCGAAAACGUGCCAUUUGUUGUUCAGCCCUUUCCAAGAUUGUGUCCAUUAAAAAGCAUCUUAGCAUACUCCAAAUAUCAUCCCAAAAGCUAUUUCUGUACUCUAUGGUACUGUGUUGAAUAGCCUUUGGAAUGUUAUUUUUGGAGUAUGUUUUUUAAUGAAAACAUUAAACAAACCUUGUCCCCAUGAGAAUGGCCAGGAUCUUGGGGAGGGCUGAACAAAAAAUAAUGCUGCAUUGUCAGGUGCUGACAAUACAACGGUAGCGGGAUCAAUAGAGCUGUGUGUUGAAAUUGGCAGGAAUUGUCCUUUAAGAUUGUUUUGCUUUGUUUUCUAAGGAGAGGUGACACUUUCUAAACACACGUAACAGUUGUAAGUGGCUACUUGUCAAGUACUGCUACCAAUAAAUGACAUUUUGCUACAUGCCAA